CCGCCAUCCGGCGGGCUGGGCGGGAAAGGGCGGGGCGCCGGGCCACUAUAACAGCCGUCGGCCACCGCCCGCCGUUCCUCCUUUGUCCCCGGCUGCUAUUGGCGCCUCAGGCCUUCCCGGGAGAGGCAGGCGCCGGGACGCGGUGGCGAAGGGCCGACAAUGGACCGCGAUGGGCCGGACGCCGCCCGCCGUGAGGUAGAGCUGGAGCGCAGCCGCUACUUGGAGCGCCGGGCCGUGGCCCAGGAGCAGCUGGAGCAAAUAAAGGAGCACAAGCAUCAGGCAGAUCUGGCCAAGCUAGAAGAUAAAAGAGAAGGGGAAAAAAUGCAGAGACUGCACGGAUUGUACCAAUUGGAAAUUCAGAGGGGAAAAGAAAAGGAACAGGAGGAAAAAGUUGAACGCCAGAGGCUGUAUCAUGAAUAUGUAGCUGAACAGAAAAUAAUUAAAGCUGAAGAGAAACAAAAAGAAGACGAAGAUGAUGAUCGGAUUAACGCUUAUAUUAAAGGAAAAGAAAUGAUGGCUGAUCUGACAAGAGAAAAAGAUGCAGAGACUAAUAGGCAAAUACAAGAGCACAAGGACAAAGCUUUUGAAAAACUAGCUGCACAGAUGAACGAGGCAUGGAAGAUGGAAGAUGAUCGUCUUGCUAGAGGAGCUGCAGAGGUAGAAGAUGAAUACCAAAUUAAAAACAAAGAGAAAGAAGCAAAAAAAAAGGCUGCCAUUGAAUCUAUUGCUGAACACAGAGACACGGUGCUGAAGAUGAAAGCGGAAAAGGAGAGAGAGGACAAAGCAGAGGAUGAGAAGGAUCGUAAUCAGUGGAUGACAGCAGAUCGUGUCUACUUGGAAAUGGAAAAAGCCAAGAAACAAAGACAGCAUGAUGCAAGCAUGGAAGUACAGAAAAUUCAGAUCCAGCAAAUGGCUGAAAAACAGGCAAAAAAACAGCAGGAAAAACAAGCAGAUUUGGAUUAUGAUGCUCAUAGAGAAGCUGCUUUUCGUAAGGAUCGAGCAUUUCAGCGAUAAAGACAUGCUCCUUUUAUUACUUCAAGCUUUUUUCAGCAAGCAGAAGGAAUGGAGACUUAAUAAAGCCUUUUGAUCACAGAAGCUGGAGCCUCGAGAAGAAGCACUGACUACAGCAGAAGCAGUGUUGAAAUCUGCAGAGCUUGAUAAUGCUCCAAAUGCAUCCCUAAGUGCCUAUUUGCACAUGCUCACUGCCAUGCAAUUGGUGAGUUACAUGGGGUUUAGUCUACCUCCACAGCAGCAAGAAACAAGGUGGACUGCAGCCUUAUUUCCUACUCAGCUUCAAGAAACACCCUGUUCUGCAAAUUACGUAUGUCUGCAUUUGCAGUCUACAGCCUGCUUCCGUGGGGCUUCAGCCCCUUUUACUUUGAACAUCUACAGAAAUAUCAAAUUCCAGUACCAGAAAACAACUCUUCCUUUCAGUACACCUAGAGUGAAGUAGGAAUCCUCUGUAAUUUUAAAGCACAUUGGCUAAAUAGGGAUUUUGUUUCCCAAAUUCAGCAUGAAAAAAAUCCAUCAUGAAUCAUGAUGUCACUUUAUUCCAUUGACUUUGAGAUGCACAUGCUUCAUGUGCUUGCUUCAAGUGACUAACUGUAGUUAGUAAUCCUCCAUAAAACUAGGCAAAAAAAAAAAACAACCCUCAAGUGUUUUAAGAACAUGAAGAAAUACUUGAGGUUCUAAAAUUUUCAGCGACAAAGCAUUUUGGUAACACUUAAUUGCCUUUUACAGUUGAAAGGCAAGAAUGGAAGGCUGCUUGCAGGAAUAAUAAGACUAAAAUCAGUUUGAUGUUUACAACAUGUUGAAGAAAAUGGGAAGAAAAGACAGGAAAUAGGCUAAGAGAACAGCUCCUCGUGCAAGUAGAAGCAGAUGAAAGCUAUUGAACAGACAGAUGAGAAAUAAAAAGAGAAAACUGGGCUCAUUCACUCUGGAAAGGAGGACACUAAGGAGUGAUGAACUAACAGCUUACAGCUGCUUGAAGGGUAGUUACAAAUACAGUGGAGCCAGACUCUUCUCAGCAGAGUCAGGUGCUUGAUGUAACAAGUUGUGACAUGGAACAUCAGGCUGAGUAGUCAGGAAAACCUGCUUCACCAGGAGUAUGGUGUGAUGGCACUGGAUCAGAAUGGCCAGAGGCGGUGGAAUCACCACCUGUGAAAGCUUUAAAGAUGUCCCAUGUAAGGCAGGAGGCUGGUCUAGCUGACCACCAGAGGUCCUUUUCAGCUGUCAUUUAAAGAUGGCAACAAAACACAGGGAGAUGAAUAAGAUAACACAGAGGCUGCUAAGAAAGGAAAUUGCUGACCUGGAAGAAUCUGCUAAUUGAAAGGUACCUCUAAUCUUAUGCCUAGCGUCACUACUUGUAUUAGCUAUUAGCUGAAGUUUUAAUUAAUAGCUAGCAAAUCAGAAUAUGCUUAGAGAAAUAAUUUGACUAGUAAACUUCAAUUAUUGUUUUUGCUAAACAAAGCACCCUCUCAGAUGGUGUGCUGCUUCAGGAGGUUGUAGCAGAUGAGAAACAUAAUAGGUAUGGGCCUUAUUAGAAAGUCAAGACCUUAGAAAUGUAAGGCAACCCUCGGAGAGUGAAAUGGAGACCUUAAAUCAAAUGUAUUUUUUUCCAAACCUGUCACACUGCUCUGGAAAUAGAGCAGCAACUUAAGUUGGAACACAUGGGCCUCCAGGGUCUAACAUGGUAUUCUCCCAAUAGUGACACAACUGGUACCUGUGUGGCGAUGGUACCUGUAAGGAAGUACUGUUGUCAUGGAUCUAACACAGCUCCUACCUAGGAAAUGGAAGAGAAGCUUUCUAAAAUGCCUUAUAUCCUAAGGAAAUCUGAGUUAACUCCCUGCAGCUCUUCACUGUUAGGCAGUGUUCCAGGCUGGAGUCAUUAAUUCUGUUCAAGUUGUUUUAACAUUAGUCUCUGCCAUUGCUCAGCUCUGAGGAAGUUUGAAGAGGACACGUACCUGCAAACAAACUACCUGUGAACAGAAGAGUUGGCACCAUGGCACUAUUAAGGAUGGACAUUUUCAUGUCCCAGUACAGACUGGCUGUGUGCUCCUGAAAAAAAAAAAAGAAGUUUUUCCAAAGGUCACUGGUUGGAUUAGGUGAAAUAAUUUUUUCUGUUUCAGUAGCUAAAUUUUUUCAGAUGCCUGUUACUAACUUACGCCUUUCUGGUACCUCUUGAAUGGAAGAGUGCUGUAACUAGUCUGUAAUCUUCCUCCUCGUUCUAGCAGUGCAUCUUUGAGAGAAGGAAAACUCACUGCUGCUAAAUAGCUCCCAAAACAACCAACAACCCUCAUCUGUGCAGGGUAAGAUUUAAAAGGGAGUUGAAGUGAAGGCCAGAGGUUUGGCAGAAUUGUAUGAGAUGUUGUCUUUGGAAUGAUCUUAAAUUCAUUUCUAUUUAAAAUAAGUUUAACAAAGCCUAGGGCACAACUUCACUUAUGAUGUGUGUAGUCAGUCCCUUUACACUCCUGCACUGCCACUACUACAAUCAAAAGUUUCUUUUUGUUCUGGUGUAUCAUGGCCUUUGGCAGUAAGAACUAGAUACCCAAUGGGAUACAUAAAUGAUUCAAAACCUGCCCUCUAAUCUGUUAAACCCAUCUCCCUCUGAUGUCUUAAACCCCUCUGUAGAGAGCAGUCUUAAAAACGUAGUUGUUCAUAGCGGGUUGGUACUGUCUUGCAUAAACCAGCAUGGGCGCUUUCUCUUUCUGUGGGUUUCCUCAUCUCGGAUACAUCACCCAGAGAAAUGCACGGUUCUGUUGGGUGCUGAAGGGCCUGAACACCAGAACUGCAGGUGUAAUAAAAUUCAACAUUACAUCUCUGUUAAAGUAAUUGCCCCUCCCCCUCCUUGAAUGAAUAGCACCUGGUCUGACUCCUUUACUGUGUAAAGGAAAAGAACAGGCAAAGGUUAGAAAGCAGCACCGCUGGAAGAAGCAAUAGCUACUGAGCAGACCAGAGAUGGGAUCAAAGGUAUGAGACUACUGAGAUCUGGGGAAUACAAAUCCAGCAGCUGGUACGGUGGCAUAGCGGGCAAGGGAGAAAUCAGACUGUCUUUGGUAAAGCUUAGCAUUGCAUUACUGCUACAAGACAAGUAUUUCUGCCUUAGUUUCAGUUACAGCCUCUCAACGCACACACUAUUAAUUGUAUGGCAGUUAGUGAUUACACAGUAAGAUUUAAACUCUCCUUCUUUCUUCUUCAGAAAUACAUCCGACAGCUACGGAAGUAUUUACAAAAGACUAAGAAGCUAGCCACUGUCACCUUACAAGUCACAUGUGCCUGCAAACCUUACCGGUGCCCAAGAGCUGAAGCUAACUCAGGAGGAUGUUAGAAGACAUGCUGUUUGCCAGAACCUGCCUCUCUCUGCUCAGCUUCAGCUCAAGAAACAAGUACUGUAGCUACAGCCAUAGCUUGCAACUGUACCCAUAACUACUCUAGCUUAUUACAGAACAAAGCAGUAGGUUCACUUUGUAGGAAGUGAAGAGGUAACGACCAAAGGUAAACUAUCCAUUCAUCUGUACGUACUCCUCCAGUAUUUCUGGGCCUCCAGGCUUAAUUAAAACCUUACGUUUUGUCUUAAAAUUCUUGCUAAGCAAAUAAUAAAAUUGAAUAAGGUGUUUCAAAACAUCUGUCUGUAACAGUAAGAUCAAUGUUGAGCGUACCUUUUAUUUCUGACCGUUUACUUACAUUCACUUUGGAGAAUGCAGCAGAAGAUAGGAAUACUAUCUCGAGAAAGUUGCGGCACUGGCUGAGUCUUUAAUCCUUCACGGGAGAGAUGUCAGCAGCAAGACCACGCGUAUCCUGCACUCAAGUUUCUAAACUGACUGUAGGAAAUGUGAAAAGCACUUCCCUGCUUUCUCCUCAGCACUCUGCUGCCAGCACAGCCAGGUUGCCGGCCUGGGAUACUGCUGUAGGUGACGUUUUGAGCAAAACUUGUUCACUCAAUUCUAAUCUGUCUGUAAGCUGUCCUACCACUAUGUUUAAAUUCACAUCGUCGAGGAGGUAGUCCUUCUGUAACCAGUGAAAACUACUCUGCUUCACACACGCACACAAAAAGACUGGUUGUGUUUGUGUAAGUACAAGAUCUAAGUUUGCAGCGAGCAAAAAAAUUAGCGUUCAGACAUGAGAUCAGCUUCAUUACAUGACUGCAUUUUUAUACGUUAUGAUACAUAGAUUGCGAAUAGACUGUUAUUUGUCAUUCUGUAGACAUGGCUGCAUUUUUAUAUGUGUUACGAUACAUAGAUCGUGAACAGACUGUUAUUUGUCAUUCUGUAGUAGAAAGCUCUGAUUCCAUCUAUAACGCAAUGCUAUCAUCCAAUUCAGCAUGGAAUAAAAAUCUGACUAUUCACA